UAGUUCUUUUUGGCAAAGAGGGAAUCUGAAAAAUGUCUCUUUGACCCUGUUUACAGGAUACCAGAUUGAUUUCAUAUCAGAUUAACUGACCCAAUCCCAUGCAAAUAUUAUGCUACAUUCACACACAAAAAAGUAUUCAUUUUGUAUUGGAUUCACUCCUGUUCACAGGUUGGUGCAAUGCUUCCACUGUGCUCUGAAAAAUCUGCCAUUGUACUUAGGCAGUUUCAUAGCAACUUGUAAUGCAGUUUGCUGUUUGGCUCUUUUUUUUGAUAACAUGCAUUCUUUAAUGUGUGUCAUAUCUGACAUGCUGAUUCCUUUUGCAGUAAAUAUUUUGAUAACAGUUUUGAAAAAAUUAAUUUCAGUUGCAUUUUGCUUUUGAAGCUGAUCACCACAAGAAGCAUAUUUAUUAUUUCAUUAGCAUCCAAACUUUUUUGAAAACAAAGCUGCCUUUUCAGAUUCAUGCAUUAAAAUAAGUGCUGAAAUUAUCUGGUAUGAUUCUAUUCCUCAUUAAAAGUAGAAUGGUUUGACUACACAAAAAUGAUACAGAGCAUCAUCUUGUGAACAGAAGACCUAUCGGAUAUGAAAAAUGACCCAAUACAAAUUGAAUCUGGUAUAAUUUGGAUAGGGCCUCUAUAGAGUUGUUAAGUGAUGAUGUCAUGAAAAUCUAUUUUAAGAAUUUUUGAGUUUUGAACCCAUAACCUGAAAAAGCAUCAUAAAAUACCUCUAAGCGUGCAAAGUCAGUUAAAUGUGUUACAAGCUGCCUGAAAGAUGGCAGCAUGAGCAUAAGCUUUUUCCCCAUGGAAACUCUGUAAUUUGGUCUCUGUUUAUAGGUUCUAGGAACAUAGUCAAAAUUAUGGUAUUCCAUCAACAAACUGGAUAUCUUUCAUUGGCCAUAUCUAUAUCAUCCCAAUUUUGUGAAAAUUUGACCGACUUUUGCAUAUUUAGAAGUAUUUCAUGGUGCUCUAUUAGGUCAAAAUUCAAAAAUUCUAAAAAAAAGAGUUUUAUGACCUUGACCCCAGUUUUAUGAGUGCUAUUUUCCCCACACUGACACUCAGGUUUUAUUUAAAUGCAAUCUCAGUUUGAGAUAAAAUGGCAGAAAUACGGUAAUAAAAAUGUAUUAGGACCGAGAUACCAGGGGGCCAAGGGGGGCCUUGCCUCCCCAAAAAAACUUAAGUAUUAUGAUAAAAAUACAUUUUAUGUGAAAAAUAAGGCUGUUUUUCACUAAUUUAUCAGGUUUGUCCCCCCGUCCAAACAAAAAGUUGUAUCUCAGUUGUUGCAUAAUACAACUGUAAUAAAACUGGGGUAUGACUGUAAUACUAAAGUAAUAAGACAGGCAUACAACUGUAAUAUGAAUGUAAUAGGAAUGUAAUUCCACUGUAAUACAACUGGAAUAAAACUGGAUUAAGACUGUAAUACUAAAAUAAUAUAAUUAGCAUAAAAGUGUGAUACAACUGUAAUAUGAAUGUAAUAUGAAUGUAAUUCCACUGUAAUACAACUGGAAUAAAACUGGAAUGAGACUGUAAUACUAAAAUAAUAAAAUUAGCAUAAAAGUGUAAUACAGCUGUAAUACAAAUGUAAUAUGAAUGUAAUUCCACUGUAAUACAGCUGGAAUAAAACUGGAAUACGACUGUAAGACUAAAAUAAUAAAAUUAGCAUAAAAGUGUAAUACAGCUGUAAUAUGAAUGUAAUACAACUGCAAUAUGAAUAAAAUACAAGUUUUGCACAACUGUAAUGAAAGUGUCAUAUAGCUUGAUUAGGACGGUAAUACUAAAGUAAUAAAAUUGGCAGACAAGUGCAGCAAUACAGCUGUAUUACGAAUGUAAUGCAACUGCAAUAUGAAUCAAAUACAAGUGUAGCACAACUGUAAUGAAAGUGUCAUAAAGCUCGAUUAGGACGGUAAUACUAAAGUAAUAAAAAUGGCAGACAAGUGCAGCAAUACAGCUGUAUUACGAAUGUAAUGCAACUGUCAUAUGAAUGAAAUACUAGUGUAGCACAACUGUAAUACGUAUCGUGCUCUUAUGGGGAAGGGAUCCAUUAAAGAUGCAGUUUGCAAUUUCUAGCUUGUACUAUCAACAACAACCGAUUCUGUGGUGUAAUAGGCUUACAAUGUCAUUGAGAAUGAUUUUAAAAUGCGUUGAAUAGCUAAGAGAUUUUAAGCACCGAUCAGUAAACGUAAAUCGACCGCGCUGACGUGGAAUUUCCAUGAUUAAUCGGAUGAUACUGCAGACCUAUCUAUCAGGAUGCAAUUUGAUUUUCGUAGCCUUCUGGCUCGCCUUUUUCCAUAUUUCCCUACAGACGAAAUAAAUCUAUUUUGCUAGAAGUCCGAAAGUAUUUUGUGAGUUAAGCUCUUGCUUAAGUUCAUUUUAUUCCAAGCUUUUCGCCACAGAAAGUCAUUUUUGAAGAUUUGUUCGACACUUGGAAGGAGCUACCAAUCUUCAUUUGAGUCGCGAGGAAAUCCUAAUUGGAGGAGACUCGGCGAACUCCGAUUGAGUUCUUCGAACCUCCUCGUAGCAUCGAGGUCGCUGUGCAUGCAAGCACCUGGACUGUAUAUAUUGCAGACUUAGGCAGGAGCUGCAUGGGUUGUUGAGGAUGAAUGGUUGAGGAUGAAUGGUUGAGGAUGAAUGGUUAUUGUACGUCUCCCAGUCUUGGUCAAUAUUUUGGAAACGUAAUAUCGCCUUCACAGUAACCAUAAACAAAUCUCCUAUUCAUUAUUUGCAAAUUAGUAUAUGUUUUUCAAAUUUAAGUCUUACGAUCAAAGAAAUGCCUCUGGCAAUUAGAAUUAUGGCAAUGAGUUGUUUUGUCAAUUUUUUUUAAAGCUGUGUGUUCAUGAAUUGCCUUUGAAUUUGCUUCUGGCCUAAAACAGGGGAAACUAGCGGAAAACGAAAUACUAACAUUUCUUUAUAGAAAUAAACAGGUUUAAAGAACAAGAAAUAACAUUUUUGCUGCAGGUUUGCCAUUGAAUUAGACGUGCCUGAUUAAGCUCUUCCUUCUUAUACCAGGUAGCCGGUUCGCAAUCGAAAUACAAAAUUUCGAUUGUUAUAUCUUAACCGAAUAUUGUGACAUAGACCAUAGUGCAUAGAAACGGCGCUAGAGCUUGUUUCUAAAUAAUUCCCCGAAACUAUUUUCAUAGAAUGACUUUUCUUGCAACAUGUUAUAGCCAGCUUUUAAGUCUUGAAAUCUUUUCUCUAUCAAAAUAAGUAAACAACCAGGUGACAUCGCUCAUUUGUUAACCAAAUAAGCAAUUGAACCCCAAUGAAAGUUUGCGGAUCAAGGUAAUUCUAUUCACAGGCAGCUGAUACCCUUUUUGGUCACUGAGAGAAAUUGAGAAAGUGGCUGCAUGACAGGGUUUUGAUGCUUUUGAUAGCAAAUGAGAAUUCCUGGCAGGCCUGUCGGAUGAUGUAGAUAUACUUUGAAUGUUGUCAACUUCUUUGUAAAUGAAUCAAUCCGUUGACAAAUCAGAAACUGAUUGUUUUCACCGAGAAAGGUUAAACCGGGUUGGCUGGCUCUGCCUUCGAUUAGAUGGUUGUCAUGACGAGUUUCCUCUGCAAACACGGGGAAGGGUUCUAUCUCCUCAAUUACGUCACUUGUGGUUUCCUCUUAAUGAAUGCAAUGAAUAAGAAGGAAAGCCCGUUUGGAAUGCUCGAAGAUUUGCGCCAUUCAAACGUCAGGUGUAUUGCUUUAAAGUGUAUUCCUUUUUGGUCGCCUCUGUAGCCGGCUGUUUGGCCAUCAAGAGCCAUAAGGGGCUAGGGACUGCCGUAGCCGUCUCCCUGGAUUCAGAAGUAGAAGUUGCACCCAAAUAUAAAAAGCAUGAGCCGCUAUAUGCUUUGGGGCCUUCGGGGCAUUUGGCCUGUUUCCCCUCCCCUGGGCUGGGGCCAACAUAACGUUAUCAAAUGGUAUACUUAGCUAGUAAAAUUUAGUUUUCGCUAUCGUCAAGGGGUAUCGUUCUUGUUGUAUAGUAAAGAAAUUGAAGUAAUGUCUGAGGUAUCUCGGCAGUUUAGUACAGAAAGUUGCUCCGUUGAUGUGUUUGUUAUUCACCCAGUCAGUGUCUUUUCUAAAUACAGCUAGUGUCAUUGACUGUCAUUAUUUAAGUGACUUUGCCAUUGGCAUUAAUAUAGUUGCAUGAAAACAUAUUCAUAAGAAAUGACUAUGAUGAAAAUGACUUGAUAAGCCUACUCUCCUUUUUAUUGCCAUGGGAAUUUUCGCAUGAUAUAAGAAAGACAUCGUUUAAUUUGAGAUACAUUGGACAUGCAGCGCUUUUGAAACCAAAUCCAUGCCAUGACUUUAAAGCGAGCUGAGACUAACGGAUUUGUCAGUUUGGUGCGAAGCCUAAUUUCCUGGGAAACAGAACUCAAACCAAAUAUUUUGAAUUAUCCGUCAUUAUGAUGAAGUUUGGAGAUCACAAAACUGUUAGAUGAAAGUUGUCUUUGUAAACCUUUGUUUAAGCCCAUUCUCCAGUGAGAAAAGUCUUGCGAAAUUUCGCUGUGAAAUACUUCACGCGAAAAAAUUCCUUUAAAUGCUUUUGUUGACCUCGCGACAUUGGAAUGUAAAAUUUGGAAGCGUGACAAAGGGAUAUGGACUUUGAUUGGCUUCUGAAGGAUUUUGCAAGCGAAAAGCGAAAAAAGUGGAACUCAUUUUAACUUUUUUUCAGAGAGAAAUUCUUCGCGAGAAAUCCCAGCAAUAGUUCACUGCGCAUGCCCAUAACGUAUUUCGCGCGAGCUUUUUCGCAUUUCGCCGAUUUUUUCUCACUGGAGAUUGGGCUUUAAGAUUGUGAUCAGCUCUUUGAAAUGUUACUGAACGUAAAAGUUUGUCUAUAAGGCUAACCUCAAGUAAUAAGCUGCACUAUCCAUAUUCAUUUUGCUAAACCAGCCGUCAAAACCACGUGAAUAAUGCAUGUCUGGAGAAUUUUGCUUGUUACUCCAUUGUGUUCUUUAUUAUAGAAUCGAAUGUUCUAUAUCGAGAAUACCUGUGAUUCCCUCCCUGCGUCAAUGUGGAUUCUCUUGAAAUAAUCUUUGAGAUUAUUGACUACAAAACUUGUUUAUUCAGUCUGAAUCACUUAUAAAAACACUUGUACCCAAACUGAGUUUUCAUAUUCAAUGCAUUCAGACUGCUUCAGUUGCUUCAAUCCAUUUCUUCAUUCUUCCUUCAUUGCAAGUUUCUGUGUAAAGAUUUUGGUUUUGGAAUCUGGAUCAUCCCCCCUCCCUUCCUCCUUCGCAGAUCUAGGGAAAAUGUUUUCAUGAAAAGAGGACGAAAUCUAUGGUUUGUGAAAGGGAGGGAUAGGAAAAGGUGUGAGUGAAAGCGAGGUUUCUCAAAGGCUACUAGUUGCUUAGUAACAUUACGUAGUAAUUUUAAGUAACGUUGCUAAUAAUAAGUCACUUGUCUGUUUCUUGUGAUCCAGGAGUUUGUUGCUCUAAAUACACUAGGUGUUUCCCUCUUGCAAUGAACAAUGCUUGAUAUACAGCUUGUCGCUAGUAACCGCACUGUCAACUCAAAUUAGCAUGGAGCCACGUAUAUUCCACUAGGGUCUCUAGCUUGAAUGGUGAAUGAGCUCUGCAACCGAAAAUAUCAAUUCUGCCACCAGUUGUGCUGUACGACAGCCUAAGAUAAGCCACUAGCAAAUACGAGGUGCAAUUUUGAUAAGCGACGAUGAUGGUUGCGUUCUGAUUGUUGUUUACGAUUUAACUUUGGAAGAGGUGGUCCUUCAUGUUUAGAAGGGGAAUCGCCGUGGCUGGUGAAAUCACGUCUUGCAAGGCGCUCAUGCCGAUAAAGUGUCAAUGUAGGAGUUUGUUGCAAUGGUAUGACGCUGGUUUCAUGAGAAAUUGAAGCGGAAAAGGAAUCUAUUUUGUAUCAUAGAGUGAGGUUUGCGUUUCAGAGAAAUGUUUACUAGCUCAGAUAAAGGCUCUUUAAAAUCUGCGUCGUUUGCUGAAAAAUUGUAUAAAAGAAGCUCGAUUUACCGAGAUUGGAGUAAGUCUACUCAUUUACAAGAGAAACAGUCGAGAGAAGGAUCAUUUGUGGACGAGGAAAAGACGCUGCUUGCCAAAGCCUUGUACGAUAAUCUUGCCGAUGCCCCGGAUGAGCUAAGUUUCCGCAAGGGAGACAUUGUCACCGUAAUUGAGCGCGACGUGGAUGGACUAGUCGGCUGGUGGCUCUGCUUGCUCCAUGGCAAACAAGGCAUUGCCCCUGGCAAUCGACUCAAACUCUUUUCAUCUCUUGACGACCCUUCAAAUACGUCCGGAAGCCAGGGUUCGCUGUCUGCGGAGGAAUUUUCAGAGAGUUCUGAUUUCACUGAUGGUGGAAAACAUCCAGGUUCAGAGUACGAUGUUCUCCCUGCCCCCGUAAAAGCCUCCCACGGAGAACUCUUUGAUUCACCUUCCCCAAAAGCUUUGAAAGAUGUCUAUUCGUCGCCAAGCAAAAUCGCUUCCCAGUUCUCUCAGCUCAACUAUGCUACACCAAGUAAACCCCGUGGCAACCAAGAAGAUUAUGACGUAGUUCCUACACGGCCCAAAAUGAAAACUGGUUUGCAAAUGAGCCCUGCAGAGCUGUAUGAUAUCCCAAGCUAUGCAGUUAAAACAUCAGAUGAAGUGUAUGAUUUUGUCCCUAAACGAAGACCCACUAUACAAUCAACAGGGACAAUAGGCCCGAAGUCCCCGGUACCGAAGUUUCAAAAUGCAUUAUCGGCAUUUACUGCCAUUCCAGAUGAGCCAGAGUUUUCAGGAACAAUGAAGUUGCAAGGGCAUGAGCUGUAUGACGUACCAAAACCAAAUGCUCACAGUGAAUUGUACGAUGUACCCAAACAAAAACCAGAUACCACUAGCGAACUUUAUGAUGUACCAAAGCCGAGUAGUGGUAAUGGUUUCGAAUUAUACGACGUUCCUUCGUCUUUAAAAGCGGCUGAGGCAGUAAAAAGAAGUCAGGGAAGUGUCAAAUCAUCUGGUGGUGAUGCGCAAGAGGUGUCUGACCGCAAAUCACCCCAAAAUGUAGUAAAACCAACAGCGUCAAAUGAAGCCUUGUAUGAUGCUCCUCCAUCAAACACUACCUUUAAAAGAAACUUUGAUUUAUCUCGCUUUCGGCAAGACCUUACCAAUGUGGAAGGGCAACAAACAGGUAAAAAACAAGGGAGUGCUCUUAAUGACAAAUCAAAUGCUAGUAAUGAAAUUUAUGAUGUCCCUCCUGCAUCAUUUGCUAGGCAUAUCGACAGCACAACGCAAGAUAAAACUUCGUCGGAACUCUACGAUACUCCAUCUUUAAAGCCAUCAGGCAACAGUCCCUUUGCAUCACGUGACAUUUUCGUAAACAGGAAUGUUUCUCCUCAAGAAAUCUACGACACUCCCCCAGCACUGCGCAAAAAUGAAUCAAAAAUGGAUGAUAUUUAUGAUACACCACCUGCCCAUUCUGUUUUGAACCAAGCAGCGACUUCUCCCCAAAAAUGGCAAUCAGAUGCAACAGAAAUAUAUGACGUACCACCGAACCAGAACAGCGUGACUAAUGCCAACCAAGCUUUAAAGGCCAGCUUCCAUGCUAAUGACCAAAUAUAUAAUGAGCCUCCCCAUCAUGACAUUUAUGAUGUGCCACCCUCUGAUGGCAUCUACGACCAGCUGCCAAAUGCUGUCUCAAAAAAAGCUGCAGAUGAUCACACAGAUGAUUCUUUGUAUGACGUUCCUACGCACCAUGAUGUGAACAAGGUAAUGAGUGACAUCAGUAAGUUUAAAACAACAAAUCAGUCACUGAUGAAGCCCAUUUCAAAACGACACCAGACUGGCUCGCGCACCAUCAAUUCUGACGAUGAUGAUGAUGAUUACGUUGACUAUCAAGAUAUUUAUGGGAAAGAGCCACCUACAGAAAUUGUCAAGGAGAUCGAAAAGACUUCUGAAACUUCACCUCGUGUCCAACCCAAAAAGCCCCCUCGCAAGAAGUCAUCAUUUGAUCAAAUCAACAUGGCUGCUGUGAGGGCACUCAAACUGACCUGCAUGCAGGCGUAUGAUCGUCUCAAUAAACUACACCUUGCUGUUGACACUUCAGUUACAGCCCUUGUAUCCCACUCGAACGGUGAUUGGCUAGAGCCUAGAAACCUAGAAGUUGUUAUUGACCCGAUUAGAGAUAUGGCGAACAAAGUGAAGCUGUCGCUGCGGUUGCUGACAGAGUUUGGCUUGGGAGCCAUGGUUAAUGCCAAAGCAAUGAGUUUAGAUUCAGAGGCUGAAACAAUAAAGAACGACCUCGAACCACUACUUGAGUGUUAUUACAAAGUCAAGGUAUGCUUGAUGCACCUGGAUACUUGCAAGUGGUCAGUGCCUAGCGUUCGUGAUAACACAACUGAUAAAUUUUUUGCUACAGUGAAUGCAAUAAUGAUAUUGGCAGGGCGGGUACCUGAAGCAUGUCGCAAGCUAACCUCAACUUUGCACUUUGGUAUUAAGACUUUGUUUUUCGAAGAUAGUACUGUCCAAGCACCUAGCCAAACUUUGGUGGCUGUUACUGAAAAAGCAGCAGCUCUUACCGUGACUCCACAGUUGACAAAACAGCCCGACCAAGGAAACAUGGGUAAAACAGGUACAAUGCAAAUGUCAGCGACUGUUAAUGAUAAGAAAGUGAGGGAAAUUCUCGAGCUUGAUGCACGGCCCGUUUCUGUAUGGAAAGACCAAGAGUCAGUAUCAAUGGACAAGGCCAAUGGGGCAGAUAUGUCGCCCAUGGAAAUGAAGCAAGAGUUUCAAAGUAGGCGGCAAAAGGGCUAUAACUCCACCCUUCCUAGAAGACCCCCAGUCCCUCCCAAGCCAAGCUUACCUGCAAAUCGCAGAUCCAUGGCAGGAUUUGUGCCUGAUGAAGAUUUCUCUAAAAGACCUGCUUUGCCAAAGGCGGACACGCUAGUAACUGAUUUCAUCACUGAGGAUGGUCGAAAGAAAUAUGCGUCAGACCCAUCAAGGUCGCCAGUUGAUUUGGAGCAUACAAGAAAGCCAGAAUGGGGAGGUAGCUGUCCGCAGCUUGAUGAUCAUAGUACCUACGCGUCGCCGCAAUCAAUGUUGCGUGCAACCUCGAGCGGCACUGCGGCUUCAACUACAUCAACUGCUUCUUUUGAUAACUCUGCCGAUGACCUUGAUGCCAAUGCCAAUUUAAGUAAAAUGGCGUCAGACUCAAAUUUGUUAUCGCAAACAAUGCUUCCUUCUCGUGUAACUCAACCGAUUACUGCAGCGCAUUCCCGCUCUGUUUCCUUGCCUUGGGAUGAUAAUAAAAUACCGUUUCGAAAUUACGAUAGCAAUGUUGCUACAUUCCAAAAUGUAGCUAAUGACAAAGGUAAAAGACUUUCCACUUUGGACCAUAGAGAUACCGAGGCUUUGUCUUUCUUUCUUCAACGGGUCGAAUCUCAGUUUCUGAUACUACGAGACGCUGUACGUAAUCUUACAGAAUCAGUUUCUAACAGUGAAACGCCACAGGUUUUCGUAUCGCAUUCGAAAUUCGUAAUUUUAACAGCGCAUAAAGUAGUCCACGCUGGAGAGGAACUCUGUGCAAAAUUAUUAAACAACGAAGUGAGAUUUAAAGUAAAAAGGGCAACAGCCCGCUUGGCGGACUCAAUUCGCGGCGUUGUAGCCGGUACAAAGCAAGCGGCAUUGGCCUACCCGGACCAGAACUCGCUAAUGGAAAUGGUUACUACUGUGCUGUCAGUGGGUGAGUCAGUAAGAGAGGUACACAAGGAGGCAAAAAAGGCCUUGGAGCUGUAAACGUAACUCUACAUUUCAUCAAUCAAAUUUAAAAUUUUAGUGAUACAAUAUGUUUUACGAUUUACCAAGAAGUGACUUUACCAUAGACAGCUGCUCCAUUUUUUUGAUAAACGACUCUUCAAUGAUGUAUUUAUAGCUUUACGAUCUUUUAGGAGCGUACCGCUUAUGGCAUUUUAAGACCUCAUGUUUUCUACGAAUGAAUUUAUUAUUAUUUGUCAAUUAGAUAUCGUCGCCAAUCAGGUAUAUAGUCUAAGAUGAUUGUCUUCCGAAAUUCGUAAACUGUUUUGGUAAAUUGAUCCUACUGCCACUAGUCUUUUCUUCAGUCAAUUAUUUAUCAAAGAAAGCAAGCUUUCCUUUUCAGCCUCAGUUUACCACGAAUGCUUUAUUUGAAAUAUUUAUAGUUUUAAAAAUAUAUAGUUUCACAUUUGAAGAAAUAAAUAGUAAUUUCGAGCAUCAAUAGCCCAAUGAUCACGUGAUUGAAGAAUCACAGACAUGUUAUAUUGAAAUCGUUUUACACAAAUGUAAUGCAGUCCUGUUUAGCCGUGUAAUUUUUAGAAGUUUUUAUGAUUGUUUUUCUAUUUUUAAUCGAUAGAAAGUAUGUUUUCAACACAGAUUAAAUGCUCCAAUUCACGUCAGUCUCGAAUUUUAAAUGCUUUUUUAGUUGACUGACUGUUUCUUACUGAAUUGUUGCCGAUUUUGUUAGUAUCAACGCUUUGAGAAAGUGUGUUUAUUACAAGUUUCGAUAAUUUUUAGUACGCGCAUGUAUAUUCAAUUUAGAGUGUAGUAUCUCUGUCAUUGUCCACUUUCGGUUGUUUGCAAUAAGUUACUUCAGUACACGAUUUACUUCAGUACACGAUUAGUCUGAGCUAAACGAACAGCUUUUGAUAAAAGUAUUUCAUUGUCAAUGACCUUCCUUUGUUUGCCCUUCCUCAGUUUUUAUGUAGAUCAGGCAAAUCAUUGCCUUCCCUUUUGUCGGUUUUUGGCUCUGAUGGUAAGAGCGCAUGUCAACGUUCAGCGUAAAUGGGGGUACAAAAUUUAAAACGUCGGUAAAUUAUGAUUAAAUGCAAAAUUUAGGGAAAAAGAAUGACCAAACGCAUUUUGUGAAAGAGUCAGGGAAGGAAUAGUUUUAACACCGACAUCUGCAUCACACGAAAUUCAAAACAAUUUCAAAGCUCUACUUAACAAUAGAAAACUAAACAAAAUAUUAAAACAUCCCAAGCUCAAAGGGUCUGACAAUUUAGCAAGCGCAUUAUUAAUUGAAUCAAACUUAAGUUUGUAAAAACAGUGACACAGUGACAGUGACAAUUAACAGUGAAAUAACAGUUAAUGUGCCAUUCGCUAACUGGGAAAAAUUAUUUCAAGAUUUAGUACAAGAAAAAAGGAGAAAGAAUUUUUCUAGGAAAAUGGAAAGACACAGAUUCAAAAAUUUUCAGUUAAACAAACAAUCGCACAAAAAUUUCGCGCAUUCGUUUAUGGCACAAAAGAACCGAAUCCUGGCAUACCGGAGUCUUUUUCAUCAAGCACUCUACAGAGCGUAAAUUUCGGGCAAUAUCGUGCCAUCUUAAAAUUUUGCGCCACCUAAAACUCGGGGCCGGGGCGUGUCAUUUUGGUUAAAAAAUUAGACCCAUCAAUCCGCACAUGUCUGGAAAAUGUGACCCAUAAUUCCACAAACAUAUUGAAAAUUAUACCUAUAAUUCCGCAAAGCAAAUGAAGCUUUUAAAGCAUAAAAAUAACAUAAAAAAUAUCAAACAAACUUUGCAUGUCCUUCGCUCCAAAAUCUCAAUACUACACAUAUUUCAUACUUUCAUUUCUAACUUAACAUUCAUGCUACAAUUUUGCACUAAUUUCUCAAAUGAUAUCCAUAAUUCUGUAUGUUUUUAAAUGGUACACAAAGUUCCGCACAUGUUUCAAGAACUGGUACAGAUAAUUCCACACUUUCAGAAAAAAGUACCCUCAAAUAAUGGCUCGUCCCCGUAC